AUGGACAUGCCAAUUGCCGCCACUGCACAACCUAUUGGAGGAGAUAGUAAUUAUUACUAUCCUCCUCAGCCAUCAAUGCCACCCGUGGAAACCCAACAAACUCCUGCUAAACCACCAGAGAAGUCUCGCAAUCUGGUUGCAGAUCUAAUAGAUACAGAAAAAGAAUAUGUUGAAAACCUAAAAGUCCUUUUGCAGAAAGUCACUGCCUGCUGGAGCCCCGACAAUCUUCCUCCACAACAAUUAGAUACGAUAUUUAGAUGUAUGGAAGCAAUUUACAAACUGAAUAAAAGAUUUAGCAUUAAACUUUCAAAAAUAGGAACAAAUCCUCAGGCAGCCCAAAACUUGGCCGAUUUACUAAUGUCUUGGAUAGACGAAAUGGAAGGACCAUAUACGAGGUUUUGUCAAUCGUUCAUGCGUGGAUUCGACUCGUGGCCCGCAAUAAUAGAACAUACUUCCCUUCAAGAAACUUUGGCUGCAAUAUCCUCAGCGCGCAAUGAACAAGUAUCUCUUGAAUAUUAUUUCGAAAUGCCAUUUGCUAGGUUACAUUACUACAAGAAACUGUACAUGAAACUCUUCAAAACAACAGAUCCAGCCAGUGACGUCUGUCAGCUUCUCCAAAUAGCCAACGAUCGUCUAGACGCUUUAAUCUCUCUUGAAUACCAGGCCAAAGCACCUGAGAUACCGAAUUUCGACGAAACAUUGAACAAUAAUAACCCAACUUACGCAUCGGAACUGUCGGAUCACACGCAAAUGUUAGAACACGUAAAUAAUUAUCCUAGGACAACAUGGAAUUUUGGAUUAACAGAGCUAGAACAACAGCUGGAUGUUACAAAAGUUAGAGAUUUGUUUAAUAAAGAACCCAAGAAAGUAAAAGUUGCACUGCAACCUUCUUCUCUUCCAUUCCAACGCGAAAUAGUAAUGCAUGACGACUUUAUAACCAUCGUUCGCUACGCCGAUGGAGACAUAAUGCACCGGGCGCAUCUGUUCUUGUUGACCGAUCUGUUACUCAUUUGUCGAAUUUACAACGCAGAGGAUAGAAUACAGAAUCCGAAUAUGGAGUUUUGGUUGUUGUAUCCACCACUUUCGGGGAGGCAUUUAGUCGUUAGAGAUAUGAAAGAUAGUACAGAUGAUAUCAUCGAGGUAACGGUAAUGAAAAAGGAAAAAUUAUAUUUCCGCGCUGAAUCAAAAGAAGUUAAAGACGAAUGGCUAAAAGAAUUUGAGAGAGUAAUCACAUUUUCAGCUACAGCCGAUGUCAAGCCACAAGUGAAAACCAAUGCUCCUUCCCUCCGCAAAUUCCAAAGUACUCCUCAACUACGGACGCCUAUCUCACCGAGCGAUGUUGUAAAUAGCGGAUCACCAGUGAGUCCGGUGAUGGGACUACCCAGGAGUCCAGUGAACGGAUCACCAGUAAGCCCAGCGAUGGGGAUGGGAUUACCUAGGAGUCCAGUGAAUGGAUCAUCGAGUCCAGUGAUGGGUCUACCCAGGAGUCCGGUGAAUGAAUCACCAGUAAGCCCAGUGAUGGGUCUGCCCAGGAGUCCAGUGAAUGGAUCACCAGUAAGUCCAGUGAUGGGUCUACCCAGGAGUCCAGUGAAUGGAUCACCAGUAAGUCCAGUGAUGGGUCUACCCAGGAGUCCAGUGAAUGGGUCAGCGGGUCCAGAGAGGGAAUUGCCGACGAGCCCGAUGAACAGAUUGUCAGCGAGCUUGAAUAAGGGAUUACCGUCGAGACCAUCGCCAGGUUUACCAAAUCUAAAAAGGAGUUUAACAAACGGUGCACCUCGUUCACGCACACCCGAACCUCCACGCAGCGCUGGCGAACACUAUCCUGGUGGUCUGAAUCCCUAUCCUUCGGAACAGGGCCGUUACAGCGAUUCCGAUUUGAGCAGAAACACCGGCUUCGCUGCCGAUGUCGCUUCUUCCGCCUACAACCCUCUAAAACGCUCAAAUUCGCUCACUUCGUUAGCAUCUGUUUCCACAAUUGCAACUGUUAAAGAGACUUUAUACCAAACACCACCCUGUGAAGUUUUCAUCUGGAAGAACGGCGAAUGGACACCGUUAACAAGGAAAGAGCGAUGUUUGGUUGAGGUGCGAUUAUCGACACAGAACAAAGGAUGCUGGGCAAUUAUUCUUGAACGUAGUGGUCGCAUGGUACUCAAUGCUUGGGUUCACCCGACGACUUCGAUUCAUCGUGAGUCGCCAACAGAUGUAAGCAUUGCGUGUGAACUAGUUUCAAGACAAGAAUACUAUCGUGUCAACUGUCUAUCCCAAGCGGAAGCCGACAAAUUCCAACAGAGUCUACAGAAAAUCAAGUACCUUAAACCAGAAUUACCGACGCCACUUCCUUCUGUCAUGGCGCCGCAGAUUUUUGUCUCGAGAUCAUCAUCGUUGGCAGGUGCAAAUGGGCAAACCAAAGACGCUGAAGCUGUUGUCACACAAGUCAUGGAAGCAAGAUGUCGGCUGUUUCUACAGAAUGACCACGGUGUUUGGACCAGUCUGGGAUGGGGAAACAUGAAGUUACUGCUUGAGAUUUCGUCACACAGAAAGAGGAUUAUUAUUAAUUCGGAUAAGAAUAAAUCUAAAUUAAUUGAUUCCAUUGUGUGGGAAGAUGGUGUAGAGAAGGUAGGAAAGGCUGGCGUGGCAAUUACGCUGAAGAGAAUAGAAUCCAAUGUCAGGAUUAUUUAUAUGAUGCAGAUGAAGGACGAGAAAACAGCUGUGAAGACGAUCGAAGUGAUAAAGGAAAAGAAACUGAAAAGUUGA